AUGGCACAUUUCGUUCGUAAGGGUAUCCUUGAGCAGAACACUGGGCAGCAAAAGUUCCAAACGUUCUCGCCUAUCCAACCUCCGCUCUAUGUCUUCUGCUUCAGCCUCCUUGAUGAAUUGCAAGAUGCUACCGGAAAGGUGGUUGCCCAGACACAGCUAGCAGACAACUCACUCAGAGGCACCAUUGAUAGGCACGCUCUCCUUUGCCUGCUGGACAGUAGUGGGCUUAGCGGGAGCAUCCUUCUUUCCACCUCGUGUGGCCAGGAAAGCACCACCGAAAACGGUAGCGAAGGUACCAAGAGCGAGAUAUUCAUUGGCAACUUUGCGGCCGAAGACGACGCUGUUUCAAUGAAAGGUGCCCGCGAGCAUAGUGCAACCGUUUGA